GGGAGGGAACGGGGCGUGGCCUCGGUUACUAAGGCAGCGGGACGCUUAAGGGAGGGCCUGAGCCCAGUUUGGAGUCCAAUGCUCCUCCAGGCCUCUGCAUGGCACCCAAGAAAGACAAAGGGGGAACUGUGAACACCGUUUCUAAGCUGUGGGAACCCUUGCUCAUAGCUGCACAGUUCAACCAGAGUGACUGGAAGGCCUCCAUUGCCUUUGUGGUGGGGAACCAGAUCGAGGAUGAUCUUCUCCUUGAAGCCCUCACCUUGGCUGUGCAAGCCCCUCAGCGCAGACUCUUCAGCAUGGCGUCCUGGCAUGACAUCCUCCAGCAGAUCAAUGAAAUAAAUGAACUUGUUGGAACCAUACCAUCUAAAAAGGCAAAAAAGCCUAUAGUGAGUAAUCUUCCGUUAUAUUAUGAGGUGUUAGUGGCAGCGAAAACAAUUAUGGACAGUGGAGAAAAUUUAACCCUACCACUGGUAGGAAAACUCUUGAAAUUCCAACUUCUCCAGAUUAAAUUAAAAGACCAACAGAGACGGGAAAAUGAAAAGAAGGCACCGUAUGGCACGGUAACAGAUGACAAAGUGAAGAUCGAAAAGGACAAAGGGAAAGCCAAAUCUCCCAAGGAGAAGAAGCCCCCAAAUGCCAAAGUUGCUAAAGGAAAGGGCAAGGAUCAGCCCGAGGUCAACACCACAGUGAAGAAGACCACGGAGCUGAAGCGGAGGGGAGAAGAGGACGAAACCAGCCGCUACAUCGACGAUGAGCCAGAUGAUGGUGCCCAACAUUACAUUAUUGUUGUUGGCUUCAACAAUCCUCAGCUAUUAGCCAUUAUGACUGAGCUUGGCAUUCCCAUAACCAGCGUGAUUAAAAUAUCUUCAGAGAAUUAUGAACCUCUGCAGACACACCUGGCAACAGUUAGCCAGCAGCAGGAAGUUUUUCUUCAGCCAGAAGAUAAAGAAGCUGAAAAUAUGAAGAAAGAAAACUCCACAAAAGAACUCAAAAUUUUUUGGAAGUACUUGGAACCAAUCCUGAAUAACGAGAAACCUGAAACAAAUCUCUUUGAUGUCGCUCGACUUGAAUACAUGGUCAAAGAAGCCAAUUUUCCUUCUGACUGGUCAGACAACAAGAUGAUGAUGGAAUUGGGCACCGAAAUUUUUGAAAAUAUUGCCUGCCUGAUGUAUGACAGCCUGGACUGGAAGAGGCAACACCAGCACUACUUGGAAAGCAUGAACCUUAUCAAUGUCCCGCUGGCAGUGACUGAGAAAACUCUCCUAGAACCUGUGAUUUCUGAGACUCCACACUCUACCCCUGGAAAGAAGAAAGCACAAAGUGAAGAACCACCCGCUCCACCACCAGCGACUUUCGUCACCACAACUGAAGUAGACAUGAGAUAUUACAAUGAUUUGCUGAAUCCGAUCCCAGAGGAAUUCAUGUCUGUGCCCCUGAUACUGCAUUGUAUUCUAGAACAGGUCGUGGCAACUGAAAAGGAUCUUGUCCCUCCCAGUCUGGUGAGGCCACCCCCCAGAGCAGAUGGGUUAGACAACCGGAUCGCAGCUCACAUCGUGUCUAUGCUGCCCUCUCUCUGCCUCUCCGAGAGGGAGAAAAAGAAUCUCCACGAAAUAUUCUUAUCUGAAGAAGAAAGAGAAACCAAAGCAGUGCCCAAAGGCCCUCUCCUACUGAACUAUCACGACGCUUAUGCUCACCGGAAAUAUGCACUGAAGGACCAAAAGGGUAUUGACCCAGUUCAAAUUGAGGAGGAGAUGCAAUCCAAGUUGCCACUGUGGGAAUUCCUUCAGUUCCCUCUGCCUCCACCCUGGAACAGCACUAAACGCCUAGCUACCAUCCAUGAACUUAUGCACUUCUGCACAAGUGAAGUCUUGAGCUGGAGCGAAGUAGAACGAGCCUUCAAGGUGUUUACUUUUGAGAGCCUGAAGCUCUCUGAGGUUGAUGAAGCAGGGAAACUGAAGCCUUCUGGGAUGGCGUGUGGGACAGAUGUUGAGAAGUUCAACAUACCAUGGGACAACCCUGCCAGAUUUGCUAAGCAGAUAAGGCAGCAACAUAUCCUGAAAAUGAAUGCCCAAGACGCCCAACAGGAAACAGCUGCUGAAAUCAAAGACAAAAAAAUAUAUGAGGAUCAGAAUUGGUCAACAUCUGUGCAAGGUGAUCAGAGCAGUGAAUUCUCAUACCGUAGUCAACAUUCUGACUCCAACACAAUGAAGUACUCAGACCUUGAUUUUAAUAGAGAGCUGUCAGAGAAGCCGCAAGCAGAGUCCUUGGAGCAGACCACGAACAAUGAGAUCAAAGAUGAAGCGGUCACAAAGGCUGAUUCUCUUGAAAAGAAACCCAAGAAGAUGAUGGUGGAAGCAGAUUUAGAGGACAUAAAGAAAACGCAGCAGCGCAGUCUAAUGGAUUGGAGUUUUACUGAACAUUUUAAACCGAAAGAACUGCUUCAGGUUCUUCAAGAAGCCCACCAGCAGUAUCGGUGUAUUGAUUCUUAUUACCACACCCAAGACAACUCUUUGCUUUUAGUUUUUCAUAAUCCAAUGAAUGUGCAACGUCUGCACCAUGAAGAGUGGCACGUUGCGCUUCACUCCAAUGUUGGAUUCAGAUGUCCCUUCCUGAAGAUGGCAAGAAAGAGUAACAAAAUGCUCAGCAAAACAGAGAUACUAGAUCAAGAAAAGGAAAAGGAAAAGGAAAAAGAAAAGGAAAAGGAAAAAGAAAAGGAAAAAGAGAAAGAGAAAGAGAAGGAAAAGAUUCCUUUCAUUUUAGAAGGUUCUCUCAAGGCAUGGAAAGAAGAACAAGAUCGAUUAGCAGAAGAGGAGCGCUUAAAGGAAGAAAAGAAAGCAGAAAAGAAGAGUAAAGAAGCCACCGGUAAAAAGAAAGGCAAGGAAAAAUUAGAGAAGGAUGAAAGUAGUAAGUCUUUGAAGAAACAACCAUCUCUCAAGGACAAAGUUAAAGAAGGAAAAACAAGUGUCAUACAAGAACCAGAGGAGCCCAUCCAGGAGCCAGAACCUGAAAGAGUUUACCCGUUUCAUGGAUACAAUAUGGGAGAUAUACCUGUCCAAAUAUCAGGGACAAACUGCUAUCUAUAUCCUUCUGAUGGAGGACAGAUUGAAGUAGAAAAGACAGUGUUUGAAAAAGGCCCAACUUUUAUCAAAGUGAAAGUGAUAAAGGACAAGCACAAUUUUAUAAUCCAUUUAAAAGACCCGAAGGAAAUUCAAAAAGAGCAAAAGCAAGAAGAGGAUCAUUUUUCAGAAGAAGAGAAAGAUGAGAAAGAUGAGGAACAAAGUUUGGGAACAAAAGUAUCACGGAAAGAGAAUAUGGCUGUCAGCAAGUUCGGAUCCUUUUCUGCCACCUUAGAAAAUGGAAUCUGCCUCUCAAUAAGUUACUAUGGAUCAAGUGGAAUGGCACCAGAAGAAAAGGAUCCCAAUUUAGAUAUAAUGUUGAAUAUCCCUUCAGCACUCACUACAACGGUGAUUCCUGUUAUAGUAAACAUUCCUCAGGGUAAAGUAAAAGGGAAAGCAAAAACCAAGGAAAAACUCAGAGAAUCCAUUAAGGAGGAAGAGCACCCAAAAGAAGAAGAGAAAAAGGAAGAAGUAGAACCAGAACCUGUUGUACAAGAGACUCCUUAUGUUCCCGUCUUCCAAAACCUAAAUGUGUCUUGUCCCAGUGGGCUCCUAGUGACCUUCAUUGGGCAAGAGACUACAGAUCAGCAUGUGGUAGCUGAGGAGCCCACCUGGAACAUCAUGAUCCGUCAGAGUUACCCAGAGAAGUUGAAGCACUCUCAGAUCUACAGGACAGUGAUGCCACCUGUGGAGCAGGAGGUAUCAAGAGUUAUCACCAGUCAAGGCACUGUUGUCAAGUAUAUGUUGGAUGGAUCCACACAGAUCCUCUUUGCAGAUGGCACUGUGUGCAGUAGUCCUGAUUCAGGUCGUGUUUAUUCUUCUCCUGAAAUGCCUACCAGCCUUCAUAACGGAGAGAUGAGGGAAUCACCUUCUCAGCAAAAAUCAGAAAUACCUCCCUUUGAGAUUGCCAUCACAAAGAAAGGAAAAGGUCACAAAAAUCAAUCAUCAAUGGCACAUAAGAGUGAAACCCAUGAACCUCAACCAGAAGUAAUUCAAACAGUAACUCCCAUGGAGACUCACAUGGGCACCUGGUUUACAACCACACCUGAAGGCGAUCGGAUUGGCACCAAAGGCGUAGAAAGAAUAGCGGGCUUGGCCCCGUUUUUAUCCUUUGAGUCCACAGAUCCUAUCAAUGGAACGGUUAUGACAACUCGAGAAGAUAAAGUGGUGAUUGUACAAAGGAAAGAUGGUACUCGGAUUGUGGAUCAUGCUGAUGGUACCAGAAUUACAACCUUUUAUCAAGUUUAUGAAGAUCAGAUUAUUUGUCCAGAAGAUCAAGAAACAACUGAAGAACCCCAGACUAUCACCAGACAGGUGAAGUGUAUGAGGAUAGAAAACUCAUAUUAUGCCACUGUUAUCACCAACUGUGAGGACAGCAGCUGCUGUGCCACCUUUGGGGAUGGAACAUCUGUUAUUGCAAAACCACAGGGAACAUACCAGGUGCUACCUGCAAACACAGGCUGCCUUUACAUUGAUAGGGAUUGUUCAGCUACGUACUGCCAUGAUUCCAGUACUAUCUACCAUUUCCAAAAGCGUGAGCACCUGAGAUCCAGCAGGUACAUCAUGAAGCACACAUCAGCGAUUAUCUGUGAGGUCCUGGAUCCUGAAGGAAACAGCUUUCAGGUCAUGGCUGACGGCACUGUGUCAACUUUGUUACCUGAAAAAAAAUCGGAAGAUGAUUUAAAUGUAGAAACUGAGGGAUAUGAUAGUUUAUCAUCUAUUAACUUUGAAAAGAACUUUCUUCAAAUCUAUGGUGAACAUGUUCCCAGAUUUUUUGUUAUCUAUGCUGAUGGGUCAGGAAUGGAACUUCUUCGUGACAGUGACAUAGAAGAAUACUUGUCUUUGGCCUACGGAGAAUCAACUGCUGUGGUCCUACAAGAGCCAGUGCAGGAACAGCCAGGUUCUCUGAGUAUCACAGUCCUUCGUCCUUUUCAUGAAGCUUCACUGUGGCUAAUAAAAAAAGAAUUAAGUACAAUCGUUCCUCCUAAUCUCCAGUCAAGGUCAUGGGAGACCUUCCCUGCAGUCGAGAAAAAAACUCCAGGACCUCCCUUUGGCACUCGCAUUUGGAAGGGGCUUUGCAUUGGGUCUCAACAGCUAAUGAGUGCCCCAGCACCUGUUCUCAAGGUCCCUGAUGUACUUCAGAUACGCCAGUUCAUCCAGCAUGAGGUUAUAAAGGAUGAAGUGAAAUUGAGGCUGCAGAUUUCCCUUAAGGACUACAUAAACCACAUUCUAAAGAAAGAAGAUGAGCUACAGGAAAUGACGGUCAAGGAUUCCAGAACUGAGGAGGAGAGGGGCAAUGCUGCAGAUCUCCUCAAGCUAGUUAUGUCUUUCCCUAAAAUUGAGGAAACUACAAAAAGUAAUGCUGAUGAAGUUGCAGCCCAUCUAACUGAUUUAUUCAAGCAAUCGUUGGCUUCUACUGUAAAAUGUCCACCGGAUACAUUUGGUAAAGAUUUAUUUGGAAAGAAAUGGAGGAACACAGAAUCAGAAAAACGCUGGAAAGAAAAGAUAGCACAAAAAAGGAAAGAAACUGAGGAAACACAAAAUUAUUUAAUGGAAAUCAGGAACAAAAUAAUACCACCUUAUUUCAAAUCUGAAUUCAGCCAGUCAUAUCAGUCUCAGUAUAAUUAUCUGGAGAGUCUUUCUAAAAAACUGCCCAAUUUUAUAAGGAAAGAUGAAGAAAAUAGAAGCAAAACAGCUGUUGAAGAUACAUCUGAUCAUCAUUUAGAUUCCAAGCCACCUACAGUCUCAGAAAAGGAAUCCCCAAAUAUGCAAAAAUCAGAGAUUUUGGAGGACACUGCAAAGUCAACUAGCCAGAACCAAACUGAAAAUUUAACAAAAUCUACUGAAGAAUUAGAAUCUUAUACACCUGUGAAAAUUCCAACCCAAUCAUUGCUGCAAGAUGCUGCGGGACAAGCAAGGAAAGAAAAAGUGAAGUUACCUCAUUAUUUGAUGAGUUCCAAACCCAAAUCUCAACCUCUUACAAAGGUUCAAGAUUCUGUUGGAGGAAAAGUGUAUACAUCCUCUAUUGCAUCUGCUGCCAUUAAUAAUAUAAAGUCAUCCCCUUUUGGGUUCCAUCUUCUCCCACCAUCAGUGAAAUUUGGAGUGCUUCAAGAAGGACACACCUAUGCAACCACUGUAAAGCUCAAGAACAUUGGCGUGGACUUCUGCAGGUUUAGAGUGAAGCAGCCCGCACCCAGUACUGGACUGAAAGUGACUUACAAACCUGGGCCUGUGGCAGCUGGUUUGCAGGCAGAGCUGAAGGUGGAGCUGUUUGCCAUGGCUAUUGGAGAGGAGGGUGCCAAGGGAUCAGCACACAUCUCUCACAAUAUUGAGAUUAUGACUGAGCAUGAUGUUCUGUUCUUACCUGUGGAAGCAACAGUUGUAACAAGCAAGUACUAUGAUAAUCGACCAAAAGAUUUUCCCCAGGGAAAAGAAAAUCCCAUGGUCCAGAAGACUUCUACAAUUCCUUCCUCUACACUUGGUGUCUUCAUGUCUCGUAAAGUUUCUCCAUAUUAGGUCCAUUUCUUCUCGGUAUAGCUCAAUGGCCUCCAUGAUCCUUUCAGCCUACACAGAUGAUGACAAAGGAGAGAAACUAUCACAACAACUCCACCAUCACAGGACAGUGAAACUAGAAAGCCUGACUAAUAAAGAUGUGCCAAUACAGUGCCAAAUAGCACUUUUAA